AAAAAUAUAAAAAAUUUUGAAGGAAUGGAGGAACAUACUAAGAAGGAUCUUCCAGAAAAAACAGAAAUUGAAAGUUCAGUAGAAGUUGAAAAAGAUGAAAUAGAAAAUCAGAUCAAAAAGAUCUCCAAAAUUGAUUUAGAAAAGAAGGAAAAUGAGGAGAAUAAAGUAGAAGAUGAAGAGAAUGAUCCUUGUGAAAGUGAAAAUAAGGAUUCUUUAAGAAAUGGGGUUUCAUCAAAUGUUAUUGAUUCUUCAGAGAAUUUAAAUAGUUCAAAUGUAUCAUCGGUUGUAACGGUUUUUCAUAAUUCGAAGAAUUUUACAGUUAAACAUCCACUUAUGCAUAAAUGGACGCUUUGGUUUACUAAGCCUCUAACACCAGGUCAAAGAGCAAAUACAACAGAUGCUUGGGCGGAUAGUUUAAAAGAAGUGAUUACGUUUGAUAGUGUUGAGGAGUUCUGGGGGAUUUAUAAUAACAUUGCUAAAGCAUCGCAAUUGCCACCCAAAAGUGAUUACCAUUUGUUCAAAACAGGAGUUAGGCCUGAAUGGGAAGAUAAGCAGAAUCAAAGGGGUGGAAGAUGGUCAUAUAAUAAUAGAGAUAGAAGAUCUGUCAAUAUCGAUGAAUUAUGGUUGCAUAUUAUGCUAGCAGCGAUUGGAGAAACACUAGAAAAUGAAGGGGAUAAUGAGGUGAUGGGCGUGGUAGUGAAUAUUCGAAAAGGAUUUGUACGCUUGGGUCUUUGGACUCGAUCAACAAGUAAUGAAGAGGUUUUAAGAGCUAUUGGGAAACGGUUUAGAGAAGCAAUGAAAAUACCAGAUAAGGAAAUGAUUGAAUUUUAUUCGCAUUCUGAUUCAGCGCAUUCCGGAAGCACUAGAGCAAAAUCCAAAAUGUAUGCAUGAUGCUAUUGAUUACAAUUAUAUAGGUCAUGUAUUGGCAUGUGUUUAUAUAUAUAAUACCAUAUGAAAUUCUUUGUUAUUUCUAACAUGGG